CACGCAUGCGCAGAACAGGUGGCGGCUCAGUCUCGUGGAGGUUAGCUCGGAGCUAAAGCUAAAAACAGUGAGUGGAGCUGUGGUGAAAAUGUGCAUAAGACGCACUCUGAGAGCUCUGGUGAAGGAGCGGCUCACUGCGGCUGCGGAAGACAUAUUUGCGCUGUUUGAAAGAACGAUAUCGGAGUAUGAGGAGGAACUGCGCCUCUCCAAACAAGAGAACCAGAGAAACCAGGAGCUGCUGGAGGCUCUGAACCCGAGAGUCGUGCUGCUCAGAGCGGGUGUCCAGGUGCCCUCCCUCAGUCCUGGCCCAGGUCUAAACCAGGAAAUCUCAGAGACUCCACAGAUUAAAGAGGAGCCAGAGGAACAGAGCCUCAAACAGGAGGAAGAGCAGCAACCAGUGAGUAUUCCAGAGUCCAGUGUUGUCAGUGUGAAGACAGAAGAGUCCUCACUGCUUCAACAAAGACAAAGUGAGGCCAGAGAGGAAACCCAGGGAGAGGACAUGAGCACAGAGACACAUUUACACUCAGAGACUGAGGGACCCACAGAACACUUUUCUGACACUGACAAUGAUGAAGACUGGACAACUCCAUUCAGCUGUUCAGCUGCACACAUAGAGACAGAGGCUGAUGGAGACCACUACAGCCAAGUCCAGAUCACAGCCACAAGCACCACUGCACCAAACUCAGGUCUAGCCCCCAAAUACAAGUCUGCCCCAGAGACCAGAGCCACUGUGAAUAAUGGAGACAUGUCAGGAUUAGUCGAAGGAGCUGAAAGCAAGAAACACCAAUGCUCUGUUUGUAAUAAGAAAUUUAAGAGAAAAGAUCACUUACAAACUCACAUUAGAAUUCAUACAGGAGAGAAACCUUACAGCUGUUCAUUUUGUGAGAAAACAUUUUCUCAAAGGUCUAAUCUAGAUGCCCACACGAAAACACACACAGGAGAAAGACCUUUCAGGUGUUCAUUUUGUAUGAAAGGAUUUCUAAGACGUUGUGACAUGGAUCUCCAUAUGAGAACACAUACCGGUGAGAAACCUUACAGCUGCUCGACGUGUGAUAAAACAUUUGCCAAAAAGUCUAAUCUUAAAGCCCACAUGGGGACACACGCAGGUGAAAGGUCAUACAGCUGUUCAGCCUGCGGUAUAUCAUUCCCUCUUAAGUCUGCUUUCGAUGCACAUAAAAUGCUGCAUUCAUGUGACCUUGGAAACUUUGCCUUCCCAAAAUUAGACAGUUCAUUAGAUCAGGGCUCUCAAACCCACCACAGUCGAUGGACCAAAUCAGGUUCUGACGAUUUCUAUAGUUCCCAGCAGAUAAAAUGUAUGACACCAUAUGAACUACAGUUCCCAUGAUGCCUUUUAGCUCAUCUACCAAUAGCUCACCAAUACAGAUUAAACAUUUAAAGUUAUGUUUCCAGUUUGCUUUAUGAAAAAUAUAUGUAGAAAUCCUUAUUAGUGGGGAAGAGUGAGGGAGAACAAGCUCUGGGGGGAUAAGGAACAGUGUGAUUGGUCUAACUGGUAUCCACACUUGUUUGUAUCAGAAACAUCUGGCUGUAAUUUAGACUGUCCUGUGUGAUGUCACAUCGUACUUCAAAUUGCGAUGGCCGCUGAAGGCAGCACAUACUGAGUUUUAGACAUUUUUGACCAGAAAGCUGCAUAUUCACAGAGUUUGCACUAAAAUUGCCCCCCAAAAAAGUAGACAAAGAACCAUAAACAGUGAUAUUAAAACACUAUAUGUACAGUUUAGUAGCAAAACAUUAAUUUGGUAUUGAGUUAGACUUUUAAAAAAGGCUAACCAAAGUAUGACUGAAGGUCACUGCUGUGUUCGUAUGGAGGGAUAGAGAGCCAAUAGAGCCACUAGUUUAAAAUGAAAAAGUCUGUGAUGGUGAGACAUUUGGGCUGAGAUGAAAAUCACAAAUAGCUUAUUCUUUUAUAACAUAUUGAAUUACUAAUGCUGCUGUCUUUAUUGUAAAGAUAGACAUCUUCUUAAUAGACAACAUGUAGUGUGGGUCCACCAACAUUCCUAGGGCCCAGAAUUUGGUGCUUCACUUCAUGAUGUUGCUGAUGUGCUGAUAUCUGGGAUGAAAAACGGCCCUUUGUCGGAUAUCAACAAAAACUCAGGCUUGUGUAAUGUAUUAUUUUUGAUUAAAUAAAGUUUUGUUACACUA